GCUGCCAAAGCUCGGCCUCGCGGGAGACACGCGAAAGACCCUCUGGCCCAGUCCAUCUGCUUCAAAUGCCAACGUGUCGAAGAUAUGGAACUUAAACUACGUGAGUAUCUAGACAAUCCUACUGGGGAGGCUGAGCACACCACGCUUGAGUUUUCCUUCCCUGUCACUGCAGCCUUCAUGGUGCCUAAAAGAGAGCCGAUUGGUCCACAAACUCCCGAUAGAAGGGUCCCAUACAUCUACAGUGCUUUCAACAAGACGGCUGUCAGUGUCAUCGACGCCUUGCAUACUAUCAAGGACCCAAAGGAACAGGCAUUGACUCAGAGAUCAAUUUCCAAGACCCUGGUUGAAUCAGUUCAGCGUGCGGACGGAAACAAAUACAGCUUUCACAAUCAUUGGCUCAGUCGUGAGGACCAAGCAAGCAGAUUUUCGUACUAUUGCAAUGACUCCAUGUUGAACAAAGGGAGAGCCGCCAAUGAGGGAGCUGCCAAAGUUCGUAACUCUGUCAAGAUCAGGAAGCCAGUCUACGAAUGCCAGGGUCUUCUGUCUGUAAAAUUCUCGGUCACCAAGAUGAGCCUUGAACUACAUUACAAGCAUGUGCAGUUGCACCCGACCUACGAAGAACGAGCCCCGCCUCCACGGAGGGACAGUAAAAGGCGAAAGCUUCUGGAAAUUUUUCACCCCGAGCUUCUACCAACGCUGGCACGGGAGAAGAGUUCCAAGAAAAAAUCAACACCGACUCCCAAAGAUCGGCCUAUCCGGAAACGCCGGGCAACAGAGCCCUUGCCUCAGCCAGGAACAGAUACCGUCCCAGACUCUGGUCGAGAAAACAGUCUGCAGCCCCUCUUUGACUUCCUUGGUUCUACUAAUGGACUUCAACAAGAGCCUUCUGACGGUAUCGUCGCGGAUCAGCCAGAAAAUGGAGGCUCUACUCCAGCUUCAGGAACCGAAGCGGAAGCAGAUGCAGACAAUGCUACUGGAGAGCCUCCCGAGAAAGACCCACCGACGCCGCGUUUCCCAGGCAUGAUGUCUGGGUUUAUGACUGGAGAAUCCAUAACUUGGGGUCCAAGGCCAAACAUGAAGAAAGUUCGACAGGCGGAACGUCAGAAGGGACGUGCAAUACGAAUUUCAGCUCCUGCUCUUGCUGCUACUGUCACAUCUGGUUCGACGACUGAGCAUAGCUCUACCGUCUCUCUAGCCACACCCGCACUGAAUCCGACCUCGGAACUUGAGGCGUUAAGAGCUCAACUCCAAGCGGCGGAGCAGAAGAUCCGUGAUAUGGAAGCCGAGAAGGCAAGGACGAAUGCUCCCGUCAGCUGGAAUCCACCUCCCCAGCCUGGCUAUCCGCAUCCCUACUAUCCACCACCAUCACAACAUUACCCUUAUCCUCCACCCACUUGGCACUAUCCGGCGCCACAUGGUCCCUCGCCACCCAUCUAU